UGGCCAUGGGAAAGGAUCUGCUCUUUUCCUCGCCACCAAGGUAAUGAAGUGUAUGGACCGGAGCUGUCUGCUGAUCCUCUGGGCUUUAGACUGGAUGAAAAUACCAUGCUUCCGAUGAGAGCAGUGUGGGUGAAUCCGAACCAGCUGGAUGAAGUUAUGGCUGAGGUGGAGCAGCUGGAUUUGGCCCCUAACAAUGAAAUGCACCCUGAGGCAGAGAUGGAUGGUGGCCUUGGGGCAGACCCAGAAUUGUUGGGCAUUGAGGCCGUCUUGAACAAGAAAGUGCUCUCAACCGCUGCAAGAACUCAGCAAUUUAUGACAGCUGGACUUGGUGGGGAGCAGAGCAAGGUAGGUGGCCAGAACCAAGGUCAAAAUGGACGUCCUUCCCAAGGUGAUAGUGCUGGACAGCAAACUCGCCGCUACUCAGCGGCUGAGAAAGGGAAGGCGAAAGUGGUGGAUGAUGGUAAGAAGAGUGCUGGGGCAGUCCGCCCAAGAGCAAAGAGUUCUGGAAUUUCUAUACAGGAGCCGAUGUCCCAGCCUCCCCAACCUGCAAAGGCUGCCCCCGCUGUCCGUGACUCGGUUUCUUCGAAAGCUAGAACAGGACGUGCUGGCAAAUCACAUCCGCUGCGCCCUAAACCCGGA